GGCAAGGAGAAUAGAUAUAUGUAACUAAUGAAAACAACUCUCAUCUUCGUCCCUUCGACGUCGUUUUUACUUUUUACAUAAGCAUAACGUCAAGUCAUCUAAUUUUUUUAUCGAGAAGUUUCAUCUAUCCCAUCGUAAUCUUUCAGAAAUGACCUCAAAUCGGAAGAGUUCUGAGACGAAGAGUCGGGAGAAUGCAGCAUUUCUCAAGAUGCGGGUUGAAGAGCUUGAGUCGGAAGUAAGUUCUCUGAAGAAAAGACUGGAUGGACUAAGAAAGGCUAAGAAUACGACUGUUCUGAAGAAAGAGAAGGAGUAUGUUUCGGUGGGAGCAUCAGAAUCAAAUAGAGCAAGUAAAAGGCCAUCCAUUUCAGAAGAUAAGAGCAGUGAACUUCAGAAAAAAAUAAAAGAUCUGAGUCUUCAACACGCAGAUGAGAUGAGUGCCUUGAAGCGGAAACACAGUGCUGAUCUCAAAAAGUUGCAAUCUGAGAAAGCAAAGCCCACUACACCAGAGAAGUGCAAUCACGAUGAAGAGAUCCUCCGUCUCAAGGGUGAAAUAACCGAACUGAAAGAGAAGAAUGCCAGCCUGGAGGAUGUGAACUCAACACUCAAAACAGAGACUCUCUCGCUUCAUGCAAAGUUUGAGGAACUGUUUACCGAGCUGAGCCUCAAGGAAGCGCAGUGGUGUGAGAAGGAGGAACAAUUAAAUCUCAAGCUCAAAUUACAAUGGGGAGAGAAGUACAGGGAGUGGAUGGAAGCCACAGAGAAGAAGAUUGCAGAGCUGCAACGAGCCAAUGAAUAUUUACGAACCUGUCUGAAGAGCCCAUCAGGGGAUUAACGAUAUGCAGUCUUCCAUCUUCAGUUUACACCAAUGAGAGACUUUUGUGACCAGUUAUUCUGAACUCAAUUCCUCAAAGUCCGUCCUCAUUGACCUUUCCUUAGGAGAAUGAUGCAAUUGGCUUUCACCGGCCUUUGUGCAUGUAAAGCAAUGGAAAUCCCUGUGAAAGAACCGCAUAUUUACACGUAGGGCUCUGCCAAAUUGUGCUGUACCAUGAGUUGAAUCGCAGACAUUACUUUGCCGGAUUCUUCGGACGGAGGAUGAUGUGAUAAUGUCUGCCACCUCAUGAGGGUAGGAGAAGAAUAUACAGAAUGUCUAUUUGCUGUAAAACCUCAGUUCUGCUCCGUCUGAUGGUCAGUUUCUGUGACCUGUUCUUCGUCUACCGUACGUUUGGUCUCAUCCCACAGAGUCUAAUCUUAGUUUCAUUGCCUAUGACUUUUAUGGCUGGGACUAAUAAUAAUAACAAUAAUAAUAAUAACACUAGCUGGAUUUAUAUAGCACAUUUAGCCUAAGGAUGUAAAGUGCUGCUAUUAUGAGCCUAGCUUUAUCUCCAGCUACCAUCACCAGCGCUCAGUGCAUGCAAGGAAUUAAUCCUGCCGGUACCCAUUCACAUCACCUGGGUCGAGUGCAGCACAGUGGGGAUAAAUUUCUUGCUGAAGGAAAUCACGCCAAGGCUGGGAUUUGAACCCACUUCCCGCCGAUCGGAAGACGAGAGUCGUAACCACUAGACCACGACGUGCCCACAGUCGAUGAAUACAGUAGUUAAUUUCUUCACAAUCAAAAUAUGAAUAGGAGCCAUCUGGAGAUGUUAUGCUAUUUGACUGCAAACACAUCAUCAAUAUGUCUUAUGUUCAACAUAAAUAAGCCAGUUCGUAGUUCCUUUCUGCGCAUGAUCAAAAGAUUCGACGCAUGAUCAGAGGAAGGUCAUUUGUACUAAAGUGACAUGGUGGUUUAAAAUCUAAUGAGAUAAGCACCAACUUUGAUGUCUUGAUUAUUUAUAUAUUCGUUUGAAUAGUGGUUUUCCUUUACAUCCACAAAAAAACAACAAUGCGUCCAGGAACGGCUGGUAUUUCACAGUUUGCCAAGUACAUUGUGCAACAUGCUAUGAUAUGCAUUCAAAGUAGGAAUGCAACAAAUACCUUCAUAAAGUGUUCUUUGGUGUGCUAUUCUAGUCACCUGGUAUAUUCAAUUUCUUCAUCCUGCUAUGUUAGGCAAGCUUAUGUAAUAUCUUGCUUUGAAAUAUGCCUAUCAUAAUGAAAGAAAUGAAAGGUCAUUUGACCAAAAUUGUCCAUGAAGUAAAGUACGAACUCGUCUAUUCAGAAUACUGUAUUUCAAUAUGUAUUAUAUGUGACCUGCCACCCCAAAAUCUACAAUAUGAUGUCGACCAAAAUGAAAUUUGAGAUCUUUAUUGAGCUUGAAAAUUCACUUCCUAAGCUUUAAAAUGAAAUAUAAUAUGUUAAAAUUGACCAACAAUAACAAUUACAAGUACUUGUUCGAAUGCAGAGAAAAUUAAGCAAGAGAUUAAAGAAAUAAGGAGAAAACAAGGUUUGAAGUCUGGGGUUCGCUCAAGCAUGAGAUGUGCAUACUGUGUAAUCUCAGUAAUCUUCCAAGCAGUCCGAAAAAGUAGUGUCCAAGAAACACUUGUAUCUUGUCUUUAUUCAACUUCAUGACUUCAAAUUUUCGCGGUAUGAAGAAGAAGAAUUGUUCUUUCAGCUAAGCUAUUUUUAUGAUUUUUGGUUUUUGAAGACCAAUUUACUAUUUUGGCUAUUUACAGUGUACCUUACCUGGUGACCUAUUGGUGGUUUUGGCAUGGUAGGUCACAUAUCAUUAGGCCAGUUGAGAAUGAUCCCAUAUUGGGGUCAAUUAUACCAGGGGCAUCGGAAGGGGGGGGGGGGGCUUCAGCCCCCCCCCCACUUUUUUCCCAAACCAUGUACAAAAACUUAAAAAUUACCAUAUGAUUGUGAUUUUUUGCAUGGUCAGCCCACCCCCCCCCCCCCCACUUUGAAAACCGUUCUGCGGCCCCUGUAUACUCUGAUGGAUUUGCUUUCUAACUUAUUUUAUGACCACGCAAAUAAAGACGACCGCACACCUUGCGAUUGGUCUGCGAUUCAUUACUGUGUAAUGUUCAACAUCAUUGUACGAAUCCCUAUGUUCAAAUCUGUGACUAUGCUAUCAUCCUUCUUAGAAUAAAAGCAAAUUUAAUAUCUAGUCGGAAUGACGUCAUAGCAGUCGUACGAUGGGCUACGAUUUGAAACUAAUUUGGCCUUUACUCCAAAAUAAAGGCAAAAAAUGGUUAUAUUAGUAUUCUUUCAAUUAAUUUUAACCUCAAAUAAAAUGUCUUGUUCCAUUCACAUUUUCAAAAUCGGAUCGCGAACAGUCGUAAGGUGUGCGGUGGCCUUAAUACGUUAUGGCUGACUGAAUCAGCCUCUCUGUGCUUGUAUUCUCUUUUUUGGUGAUAAAUUGCGCCCAGUAUAAACACAACUUAUAAUCCUAACAGUCCCUUAAUUGGUAUUUUUAAUCUUGUUAGUCCGGGAGAGACGCAUCUUAACAGAAAUUACCAGUCCAGGGGCUUUAUUUUCUUCAGAUUUACAUUUAAAUUCUAAUUUUAUGCAUAAAUUCGCAUAAGUAAUUUUGUAUGAAAAAAUAUAGUUAUUUUUUCGAAAUGGAGCUAUGCAACCCCAUAGAUUAUUUAUUUCAUAAAUUGUGGUUUUGAUCACACAAUUUGUGGUAAUAUUUAUUGAAGAUCAAUUGCCUACAUGUAUAUGUACAUAUUAGAAUAAAAUAUUUUUUUCGAAGAGUUGUAGCUCAUGAUCUUAUGUGGUCUUAUUACAUUAUCACAUUAUAUUAGGUUCACUUCCAAAUUCCAAAAAUUAUGUAAUAAAAUUUAUAUUACAUUCACUACGCAUUUGUUACGUUCAACAGAUUGACAAUUGUCUAGUGAUAUUCACUUCACUUGCCUGAACAGAUGUAGGACUAGGCAUAUCGGUGUGUAUAUUGUGAAUGAGUGUAGGGUUUUCCGUACAAAUAACUGCUAAUGUCUAGAUCUAGACUAAAUUGCAUCAAGUAUUAAGCAGUAGAGAACUGUUUGUUUUGAUGACACUGACUUUCAAAUGAAUUUUCGAAUCAUUGAUUUCAUAAAUAGUUUUUAGAGAAUGAUUUAAUACAGUAUUUCACACAGUGCUUUCAAAAUAAACAGUAUUAUAUUUUGUAGUUUAUAUUUAUAAUGCAAAGAAAUUAUAUAUCUGUGAUGUUUGAGAUAGAAAAUUCAGAUGUUUAUUAUAUGUGAUGUUUUUUCAAUGACUGGAAUAAUUUGUCCUUGAGAUGCCUUGAUUUCUAGGCAUUCAUUGUGAAAGCUACUGUUAUGAUAGAGCAGGCAUAUUCCGUCCACACCACUGCUUACAAACAUUUGAUACUUAGAAUGGAUACAUCGAUGUUUCUGAACACAGGUUGCCAUUUUGAAAUUUACAUAGGCUUAGGGAUCUCAAUUGUAAAACAGCCAUAACUUUCUUAUUGCUUGUCUGCUUUCUUUCAAUUUUGAACCAUUCUGUUUUCCUUUUUUUUAUCUUCUCUCUCUCACACAAUAUGUUCGGACCAAGGUUGGAUUUCCAUUAGGGCAGUUCCAUGAAAUAUGUACAUGUACAUCCGACCCCCUAUAUGUGGGACCUUCAUGAAAUUUUCUGUCUCUGAUUUCUUGUUCUUUUGACGGUCUGUAAUGUUCUCAAAGGACCACGACUUGGUCAGUUUAUGAAGUGAAGUAAGACUUUAGGCAAAUGGGGGUCGGACGUACAAAAAGGUUGAUCAUUUUAUGGAAUUGCCCAAUAAGCCUUUGUAUUCAGAUCCAAAUUCUGUCUUCUCUUUUAAUUUGUCUGGCUUUUCUUUUGAUUUGAUUUUAUUUCAGCAUUUUUCCAACAGAAAUAAUUAACAAACAUAAUGUACAACAUAAAGAAAAAAAUAGUGAUACAUUUCUUUUUACCAAAAAAAAUACAAAUAAUCAUUCAUUUGCUAAAAUGUAUAUAGAUAGUAUUAGUUUGCAAUAUUAUAAGUUGUACUUUGUUGAGUAGACAAAAAAAAAAUGCUGGAGACCGCUACCAUAAGCUGCUGGAGACCGCUACCAUAAGCUGCUGGAGACCGCUACCAUAAAACUAUGCAAACUUUUAAAGUCGGCCUAAAAUUUUUAUUUUACUGGUAUUGGUUCACGUCUCAAAUACUUCGCGGGGGGGGGGGGGGGCUACUCAAUUAUAUUGCAUACACACACGCCCCCAAAAAAAAACAUAAAAAGGGUACUUUUUGCUGAUGAUGGCACAACACGUGCGUGACACAUUUGAGGUGUCAAAAAGGCCAAAAUCCAGCAAAAAAGGGUAUGGUUAUGAGGUAAAACACAUAUAUUUUUUACAGGUUGUACGUGUUUAGGGAGCAAUAUGGUAAAAUUGCGUGUGGAAAUACCUGAAUAGGGUAUAGAUUUCACCAAUGGAUAAAACUUGUUUAGGAUGGGUUUGUAAAACCUGUGGUUGCGCGUGUGUACAGCAAUUUAUUUGAGUGGCCCCUCUGGGAUGUACUUCUCAAAAACUAUGCAAACUUGGUGCAUUCAAUAAAUUAUUCUUCAAGGGAAUUCAGAGAUUUCCUCAUUCUCAAAA